AUGCACCCAAACCCAAAAGCAUCUUUCAUUGGUGUUGUCGUCUUUCAAAGAUUUGUCACUAGAAGGAAAAAGCUGCAUGUCUCACUCGCUUGUGAUGAGCCUUCUGUGUCCGUUGCAUUGCCUAAUGUCUUGUCAGCUUGUCAUGCCAAUAACAGUCUUGGUGGUGAGGCCCCCCCCCCCACGUCACCAUCGUCUUCACAACUUGAAGAUCAUGUGUCUCUGCACAAUCCAUCACAGGAUUCUGUAGAUGUUCUCCAUGGUAACUUCGAAGGAGGGGGAGCGGAGGACAUGAGUUUGGCACAGCGGAGACCCAGACAUCAGAACCGACGGCUACCACAGAGAUUUAGGGAUGUGCUCCCCCAGCCCCCAUCUACCGUUCCUGCAGAAGUCCGUGGUCUACUUCUGCAAUCUGUUGGAUGUGUUGUCAGUCCAGAAGAUCGCUCAGGCAUUGUGCACUCAGUUUUCCACACUCCCACGAACAUCUUUGGGCUACAUCCAUCCUGUUCCUUCUUCCACUGGUUCCCUCAGAUUCUAUUGCAUCCAGAUAUCAUGGCUCUCAUCCCAGGAGGUUCUCCAACUCUUGGUGCAGCCUCUGCAGCUCCUUUCCCUUCAACACAGCCUCUAGCCUCGAGUUCUCAGUUGCAACCCAACAGCAAGAAGUCACGCAACAACCAGCACCCUCAGGCUGACAUGCAGCAGGAUUGGGAUUCAGGAUUUGACCGGGAGAAUUUUGCUGACUCGGAGACCCACUGGCACGAUUUGUCACUUGAUGCUGGAGUUGAGAUGAAUAAUUGGUUUAGGGCGCUUCAACACGCACUUCAGUCUGCUGGUGCUGGACAGCCUAUGUUCCCAUCAUUCCACGACAUCUUGACAACUCCUGCACAACCACCUGCACCAUCACAGCAGUCUCGUUGGCCCCUGCUGUCGCAACCCCCUCAUCUUCUGACACACUCUCAGAAUGAUGAUGCCUCUGCCAUGCAUGCCUUCCCAGUUCAUAAACUAUCAAAGCCCCCCUCAGCAGUCAAAUCCAUUCAUCAGCAACCAGCACCACCUUCAAAAACUCUCCAUUCAGCUCAGGCUGCUCCACAUGUCAUUCCUGUGCAUAUUCUGACAUAUAAUCCAGCCAAGCCAUGGCACUGGCCACAUGGGAUGUACACAGUUGAUAUGGCCAUUGGCUUUCAGCAGAUGGAUGUCCCAAAGCUUUGUGGUUUCUAUGAUCAGGAGCAGCUUUUUUGUCUUAUCUUUGGCGAUACUCCAUUUGUCAGGGUCACGUAUCAUGAUAAUCGCAAGGCAUGGCGUGAGACGGAACUGACCAUCCUUGAGACACACAAGCAAGCUGGGCACACUCAAGAUGGCCUCUGGGCAAGUUACCUUGCAGCAUGGCACACUGCCUUGGGUCUGGACAGCAAGAAACAUAGUGGGCGGAAGUAA